CGGAGGCCGCGUCUCCGGGAGCCCUGGUGACCGCCGCCGGCUGCGACGCGAGGCGGAGGGAGUUAACCGCGGAGUCGGCGGACGGGAGAGCGCGGGGAUCCUGCGCGCGAGCCCGGCGCAGCCGACGGGGGCGCACGGGGGCGCGCGAAGGCAGGCGCGGGGAUGGAGGACGGCGUGGCCGGGCCCCGGGUCGGGGCGGCGGCCGAGGCUGCCGAGGCGCGAGCGGGGCCGGGGGUGACGCUGCGGCCCUUCGCGCCUUUCUCGGGGGCGGCCGAGGCCGACGAGGGCGGCGGCGACUGGAGCUUCAUCGACUGCGAGAUGGAGGAGGUGGACCUGCAGGACCUGCCCAGCGCCACCAUCGCCUGCCACCUGGACCCGCGCGUGUUCGUGGACGGCCUGUGCCGGGCCAAAUUUGAAUCCCUCUUUAGGACAUAUGACAAGGAUAUCACCUUUCAGUAUUUUAAGAGCUUCAAACGAGUCAGAAUAAACUUCAGCAACCCCCUAUCUGCAGCAGAUGCCAGACUCCAGCUACAUAAGACGGAAUUUCUCGGAAAGGAAAUGAAAUUAUAUUUUGCUCAGACUUUACACAUAGGAAGUUCACACCUGGCUCCACCAAAUCCAGACAAGCAGUUUCUGAUCUCUCCUCCUGCCUCUCCGCCGGUCGGUUGGAAACAAGUGGAAGACGCUACUCCCGUCAUAAAUUAUGAUCUAUUAUAUGCUAUCUCCAAGCUAGGGCCAGGGGAAAAGUAUGAAUUGCACGCAGCCACCGACACCACUCCCAGCGUGGUGGUCCAUGUAUGUGAGAGCGACCAGGAGAACGAGGAAGAAGAUGAGAUGGAAAGAAUGAAGAGACCCAAACCAAAAAUUAUCCAGACCCGGAGGCCAGAAUACACGCCUAUCCACUUAAGCUGAGCUGGCACCGGGACGAAGAAGUAAUCCAAGUCAUACUCACGGGGAGGAAUCUUUUACUGUGGAAGUGGCCGGUCACAACUUUGGAGGUGGCAGCCGUGAUCGCUGUGGCAGAAAUUCCAGUUCAUGUUGCUCAAGAGAGAAUCAAGGGUUUGUCUCCUGGUUCUAAUGCUGCGCGUCCGUCAAUGUUCACGGCUCCCGGGAAUGUCCUGGGCCAAUCACUGAGUCUGGGGUGAUCGCACAAGGACAUUUGGGAAUGUCUCGAGAAAACUGAUAACAGUAGUGUCUUGUACUUGUUCUUUUCUAGUAGGUUCUGUUUUUGCCAAGGGCAGGGUGAUCAAUGGGUCCGGGGAGAGCCGUCUGUUUCUAACCAGCCCACGGGUUAGACUCUCUCUACUGGUAGGAAAAGGCACUGCGUGAAGCGACGAAGUGUCUGGUGCAGAAAGGUUGUGAAAACAACAACACAAUGUGGGAAUUGUGGUGUUUCCUUUUUUUCCCUCAUGUUCUAAUGUUUGUGCAUGUAUAUAACUGAUUUUCACAACUAACCUUUGUUCGUGUAUAGAGUUCCGCCAUUGUUUUACAUCUUUUGGGAAGCUAGGAAAGCAUUUGAAAAAGCUAUCACCUUUCCAGAUUGAUGACUCUCUUUGCAACAGCACUCACACGUGGAAUUCUACCUGGAAUACACUCAGUCAGCAUCCUGUCCGAUGCAACCUACAACCAGUGCUUUGGCAAAAGAAGUCAAUCUGAAAUUCC